UUGCAUCAUAAAAUCAUCGUCAACAUUCAACAUCGCCGUCUUCAAACUUUUCUGCAGAAGAAAAAGCUCAAAAAUCUCCGCCUUUUCCAUGGAAAAACUGAACUUUCUUGGAUUCUGAAAAAGAUCGGUGAUCAUCUGCUGUCAUGUCGCUAGUUGGAUCGCAAGAUCGAUACAUUGGUAGAUACAGUUUAAAGAGUCAGUCCGAUAAUAAUUCUGAAGAACAUGAAUCCUACCCACCAAAUAACGGAUACUUAUUUAUGGACGAAGAACCUUUAUGUUCUUCAAAUCUUGAAGAUGAAAACAACACCAUGAAAUUGAAGCUUGAAGAAUUGGAAAGGGUGCUUUUUGAAGAUGAUAUAGAUAACACCCAGUUAAUGGAAAUCGACAGUUCGUGGAUUAACCCGACUUGUGAUGUAAUGCUACACGAUUCUCCCAAGGAAUCUUCAUCCUCGGCCUGUUCCAACCUCACCAGCAUCAAUAGAAGCAAUGAAACGUCUGAACGUUUGCUUUUCGAUUGCGCUACCUUGAUAUCAGAAGGAAACGUUAAGGAAGCAUCGAUCAUGAUUGAUGAUCUUCGAAAACGAUUCUCCAUCCAAGGAGAUCCGUCGCAGAGGAUAGCAGCCUACAUGGUUGAAGCUCUCGCAGCUCGUGUGGCUACCUCCGGUAAAAGCCUUUAUAAAACUCUGAAAUGCAAAGAACCGCCAUCCAAUGAUCGGUUAGCGGCAAUGCAGGUCCUUUUCGAGGUUUGCCCCUGUUUCCGAUUCGGGUUCAUGGCUGCAAACGGAGCUAUCAUCGAAGCAUGUAAAGACGAAAGGAAAGUUCAUAUAAUUGAUUUCGAUAUUAAUCAGGGAAGUCAGUACAUAACCCUUAUACAAACCCUCGCUAACCUACCAGAUAAAACUCGACCCCAUUUGAGGCUAACUGGAGUUGACGAUCCUGAAUCCGUUCAACGAUCAGUCGGCGGUCUAAACCUCAUCGGUCAGAGGCUUAAGGCGCUAGCCGAGGAUUUGAAAGUGUCUUUCGAAUUCCAUCCAGUGGCUUCAAAUACCGAAGUUGUUUCCCCUUUAAUGCUUGACUGUAGAACGGAUGAAGCUCUGGUUAUAAACUUUGCAUUCCAGCUCCAUCACAUGCCAGACGAGAGCGUGUCGACAGUUAACCAACGCGACCAGCUUCUCCGUUUGGUGAAAAGUUUGAACCCGAAGCUGGUGACAAUUGUGGAGCAAGAUAUGAACACAAACACAUCCCCAUUCUUACAGAGGUUUUCAGAAGCGUAUAAUUACUAUUAUGCAGUGUUUGAUUCGCUCAAUGCAACGCUUCCGAGGGAUAGCAUGGAUAGAUUAAGUGUGGAGAAUCAGUGUUUGGCUCGGGAUUUAGUUAACAUUGUUGCUUGUGAAGGGGAAGAGAGAAUUGAGAGGUAUGAAGUAGCUGGGAAAUGGAGGGCUCGAAUGACAAUGGCUGGUUUCGAGUCAUGUCCGAUGAGUCAUAACGUGAACGAUUCCAUUAGGAAACUGAUAAAACAGUAUUCGGAAAGGUUCACUUUGAAGGAAGAAACGGGCUCGCUUCAUUUCGGUUGGGAGGAUAAGAUCUUGAUCGUCGCAUCGGCUUGGAGGUAAAUAAUGAAACAUAGUAUAAGCAAUAUCAAAACAAAAUUCAAAGAACAAGGAUUAUGUAGAACUUGGCUGGAUUUCUUUUGUUAUAUUUAUUGACUGUUUAGGAAGUUUGCAUAUGUUGUAGGUUUGGUUUGGUCAGAAUUGGACCCGGGUCCAAUUCUAAUUUUACUUUGUUUGCUUGGUGAUUUAUUAAUCCAAGUCGAAUUAUAAUGUUGGAAAUUGUAUGUAUA